CGAGAAUUACAGCCUUGCUUGUUGGGUGCCUGCAAUAUUGUAUGUAAAUGACUGCAGAUCGCCGAGUGAUAAAAGUCAAGAGAGAGAGAAAUCGGGGUUACGACUGCACAGAAGCACCAGCACGGUGCCAGUCACAACAGGACUGGGAGCCUCGCUUUAACGCACCUACUACAACAUGGCUGCGUGCACACAUCUCUGCAAUUCUCUCAUCUGCCUGGUGCUCUCGCUGACAGCGAUUGCGGGCAAUGAGGCUUAUUUUCCAGAGGAAAAACAGGCGUCGGAGUCGGUUCUGCAACGACCGAAGGUUCUGCUGGCUAUCAUCGCCCGGAACGCGGCGCACACACUGCCCCAUUAUCUGGGCUGCAUCGACCGGCUGGACUACCCGAAGGACCGCAUCGCUCUCUGGGCCGCUACAGAUCACAACAUUGACAACACAACAGCUGUGCUGCGGGAGUGGUUAAAGAAUGUCCAGCAAGAUUACCACUAUGUGGAGUGGAGACCCCUGGAUCAUCCCAUGUACUACAGUGAUGAAAUAGGCCCCAAACACUGGACCAGUUCCAGGUUCUCACAUAUGAUGAAACUGAGACAAAUGGCCCUGAAAACUGCAAGGGAGAAGUGGGCUGACUACAUCCUGUUUGUAGAUACAGACAACUUCUUGACGAAUGAGCAGACACUAAAUAUGAUGAUUGCUGAAAAUUUGACUGUGGUCGCACCCAUGCUGGACUCAAGCACCUUGUACUCAAACUUCUGGUGCGGUAUGACACCACAAGGUUACUACAAGCGGACUCCUGAUUACGUUCCAAUCCGCGAGUGGAAGCGUUUGGGUUGUUUUCCUGUUCCCAUGGUUCAUUCCAUCCUCAUUGAUUUGCGUCGGGAAGCUACAAAAAACCUGGCAUUCUUUCCUCCUCAUCCAGACUACACUUGGGCAUUUGAUGACAUCAUUGUUUUUUCAUUUUCCUGCAAAAUGGCUGGCAUCCAGAUGCACAUAUGCAACAGGGAACUCUAUGGCUAUUUGCCAGUGCCCCUGAAGGCCCAGCAAUCCCUAGAAGAAGAUGUCGAAGGCUUUGUCCACAUUCUGCUUGAGAGAAUGAUUGAUCAUCCUCCCAUGGAGCCUUCCGUGCAUGUCUCCAUGCCUCCCAGGCACCCAGACAAGAUGGGAUUUGAUGAGAUCUUCAUGAUAAAUCUCAAGCGCAGAAAAGACAGGAGGGACCGAAUGCUCCGGACACUCUAUGAACAGGACAUUGAUGUCAAGGUAGCAGAUGCAGUGGAUGGGAAAGCCCUCAACACAAGUCACCUGAAAGCACUUAACAUUGAAAUGUUGCCAGGCUACCAUGACCCGUAUUCAGGCCGAAUACUUACACGGGGAGAAAUUGGCUGCUUCCUGAGCCAUUAUUACAUCUGGAAAGAGGUCAUUGACCGAGGGCUGAAGAAAGCUCUUGUCUUAGAAGAUGACAAUAGAUUUAAGCCACACUUUCGAAGAAAGAUAACAAAGCUGAUGGAAGAUAUUGAGGAUAACCAGCUGGACUGGGAUCUCAUCUACAUUGGCCGGAAAAGAAUGCAAGUGCAACACCCUGAGAAGUCAGUGCCCGGCAUUAUGAACCUUGUGGAAGCAGAUUAUUCCUACUGGACAUUGGCUUACAUUAUAUCCCAGCAAGGAGCCAAAAAACUUCUGGCAGCUGAACCAUUUGGGAAGAUGUUGCCUGUGGAUGAGUUUCUGCCCAUCAUGUACGAUAAACAUCCAGUAGAAGAUUAUAAAAUGUUCUACGAACCUCGCGAUUUGAAAGCCUUUUCAGUGGAGCCACUGCUGAUUUACCCGACGCACUACACUGGAGAACCAGGUUAUGUCAGUGACACUGAAACCUCCGUGAUCUGGGACAAUGAUGAGAUCGCCACAGACUGGAACCGCAAAUUGUCCAGGAAAACAAAAGAGCAGGGGGAGAUUGGUACUGAAGCUCAGAACACUGAGGCACUGCAGCCCCAAACCCCCAUCGGCACAGCAUCUCGAGAUGAAUUCUGAUGCGCCUCUGCACUGGCCGGUUCUGAUCCGUGAUCAGAGCCAACAUCUCUCUCUCACGCUGUUGUAGUUUGAGUAAAGUGCCUUCUGGAAGGCAACUAAAAAAAAAAUCUAAUGUGACAUAGAAUUGACUGGAAGCUGUUGUACCACUCUUUGUUGGGCAAUUUACAUUCCCUUCAAGCAGUGAUACAGCAGCAGCUGAUUUUGUUGGCUAAUUAUUAAUUAAUGUUGAAUUUGCUGAUUAUUUUGAAGGUGAUUUCUUUAUUCCCCAUUUUCUCCGUCUUUGCAUUGGCUUUCACCUGUUACAUAAUACCCACUACCUUUAGUAAAGGGCUCUUGGGUGUGGAAUCUUUGCAGUGUUAUCCAAGGGGUAGCACGUGCUUCCACCAUUGUGCAACAUCACAUUGAUAUCUGCCCAUGGAGGAUAUUAACUUAUAGUUGCACUCUGGUGUAGGAAAUGAGCAGUGCUCAUGACAGAAUGGCUAAUUAUUCAACUAUUGCAAAACUAAUAAGGGCUAAAUUUUCAAACUGCUGUUAUUUCAAAGGGCAUUUUUGGUCCCUCAAGUCAAUACUCAGAAUAAUUCUGCUGGUACGGAUUUCCUAUAAAUGCUACUGUUUAUCCAGAUUUGUUACUUUAAAUAAUGAUAUUUUGUGUGUGUGUUUGUGUGUGUUCCUAUUUAUUUUUCUCCUCUUUGGUGGAAAUACUUGCUUGCAAUCUUGCUCUUUUGCAUGGACAUUAGCUGUCCAGAAGUGUAACCUCACCCUCACUUUAUUUCUUCUGAAAACAACAUAAACUGUUCAGUUUCACUGUAGGCCCAAUUGAUAUUGAGAGUCAAGGUUCCCUCCUUCAUGAGUAUCCUUUGAAAAUCAAAAUAAUUCUAUUUAGAGAAAGCAAAUCAAGGAAUUUGCAGAUGCCGGAAGUCUGAAAUAAAAACAAAAAAAUUCUGGAAACCCUGAGCAUCUGUGAAAAGAGAAAUAAACGUAACGUUUUAUAUCAAAGACCUGAAACACUGAGAACGUAAGGAAAUAGGAGCAGGAGUUGCCUAUUUGACCUCUCAAGCCUCCCCUGCCAUUCAGUAUAAUUAUGGCUGAUCUACACCAGGUCUCAUCUCCUCUUCUGUGCCACUUUCCCACCAUCCUCAAUUCCCCAAUCUUUCAAAAAUGUAUCUACUUCCUCUUUAAGUCCCCCCAGCAACCUAGCUUCUACAACCAUCCAGGGUAAAGAAUUCCAGAGAUUCACCACCCACUGCAAGAAGUUCCUACCUGCCUCAGUUUUAACUUACCGCUCACAAUAUUGAAACCAUGUCCCCUCAUUCGAAAUUCUCCCAAUAUGGCUCCUCCCCGCGUUACGAACGCCUGACUUAUGGAGCGUUCAGGAGACCAUCGGGAUGGAUGGGAAUUUGAUUUGCUGGCUGAUGCAGGGCCGAGUGUCUAUGUGAUUUAACUUGCUCACAUUCAGUGCUGUCCAUAGAGAUGAUCAGGGACCAUAGGAUCUGGCUGUUGGAAGGAAUUUGUGAAAGGAAAAGAAGAUUUUCAUUUUAUGACUUUUACAACCCUUUCAAGAUAAUUUAGUUCUUUGGAAGCUGAACUUCUGUUCUAAGUCAAUCUAGUUACAGCAAACUCUCACAAUCAGAAGUUGAUAAUGACCUGAUAUUCUGCUUUUAGCAAUGUUGGUAGAGAGAUCAAUAUUGGGCAGGACGUCAGGGAUAACUGGCUGCAUUUCUUUGAAAUAGUGCCAAGAGAUCUUUUAUGUGCACCAGGGAGGACAGACAUCUGGAUGGAUAGUACAGCACACCCACAGUACUGCACUGGAUAUCAGUCCAGAUUUUUGUGCAUGAAAGUUGAUCAUUUCUUGUGAUCACUGAUACUUUUUAUCUUAUAUAAUAUUAUCCAUUUCAUUCACAAAUUUUUGAAAUCUUGUGACGGUAUAAGAUUCCUACAAUGUGAACAAAAUGGCUGAUUAAUGCUGUUUGGAUGUAAGUUCAAGCUUAAUGGAAGAUAUAUGGAGAGAAACACAAGAUCUGCAAUGGCUCCCUGCCUCUAAUGCCUUCAACAUAAAGUCAAAUUAACUUUCAAAUUUUUCUCUAGCCUUAUCCUACAUCUGAAACCUCCUUCCCUUCCAUCUGUUUGCUUUAAACAUUCUUGUUAUUGGUAGAGUUACCGCAUGUGCUAUCCUGGUAGACUUUGCCUUCUUUUGUUGAAAACUGAUAAAUUCUUGUUCUUAACCAGGCUUUUGUCAUGGUCCCAAUAUGGCACCAUGCUUUUCAUCUAUGUGGCAUUUUAUUCAUCCUUAUGUGUUGAAAGAUCCAUAUAAAUGGAAAUUUUUGAUGACAUGUUUAAUUGAUCCUAUUUAGAGUCUGUCCAGUCACCCCUCAUAGAGUCAUACAGCAGGAAAGCAGGCCCUUCGGCCCCCCAAGUCCAUGCUGACCAUCAAGCACUCAUUUACACUAAUCCAAUUUUAUUUUCCCCACAUUCCCAUCAACUCUCCCCAGAUUUGCCACUUAAUUCAAUCACUUACACUAGGGGCAAAUUACAAUGACCAGUUAACCUACAAUCUCACACUUGUUUGGGAUAUGGGAGGAAACCCGUGUUGUCACAGGAUGCAGGCAGCACUGGAGAUCAGGAUCGAAACCAGGUCACUAGAGCUGUGAGGCAGCAGCUCCACUAGCUGCACCCCUCCGCCAUCUCGUAGACAACUUGAACCAAGAAAUAAUACCAAAGUCGCAAUCCUCCUGAAACCUACAGUAAGCAAUGCUUCUCAUGAACUUUCCAAGUGUGACGUUCCUUUCUGAAUAGUGCCCUGCCUCUGAGGUUUUUACUUUGAUAACACAGACUGUUUCUAUGCUUCUGUCAUUUCCAUUGGAUGCUGAGGCAAUAGUUUUGAAUUUCAAGGGUAGUACAAGA